AAGUCAGGGUGACCCAGACACGCAACAUACAACCACAGCACAGAGCACUCGCCUUUUCAGCACUACGGGAACUCGGCGGUUGGUACCAAGUUACGGAGAAAUGGGGUUGGAAGCACUGUUUGCUUUGAUCUCAGUAUUACUGUGCCUGCAAGAAGCUAUCCCUCAGAAUCUUGAAAAUUCUGGCGACCCCGUCAUAGCUGAGGCUCGGAAGUGCCGGCAUCAGCAUGGACUGACAGACGAGGAAUUCGAAGAAAUCAUGAGACAAGCGUCUCUACCAAAAGAGGAGCCGAUAGAUUCACGACGGUGUUUUGUUGAAUGCGUCUUGACUUCAGAGAAUCUGCUGAAAGAAGGUAAACUGAAUGAAGACCAAGUUCUGAAAUUUGCGCAAAAUUCCAUAAUGAACGGAACAAAACCGGAUGAAAGGAGGAUCAGGAACAGGAUUUCGGCGUGUAGAUUGCAAGCUGUCACAGGGAGGUGUACGGCCGGUUACAGCGCGUGGGUUUGUGUCUUGGAAUUUCUCGAGAAUUAUGAGGUGUAACUAGUACAAGCAGCGCCGGGCGGAUGAGUGCGCACGUCAGAGGAGCGAUUACACGGGUCCUACUGUGGCCACAGCACAGAAGACACGCAUGCAGCUCUUGGAAAUGCAUUCUGUACGCCAGUUUAUUUUAAAUAAAGUGCAGGUCCCACAGAAUGGAGA